AAUAUAACUUGCAUCAUUUGAAUCCUUAUCACAUCAUUGUAUGAUAUAAUCGAUUCAAUCAAGUGAUAAAAUGAUGAUGAGAAAAAAUUUGCAUCAAUUAUCACCGGUAAUGAUAAUUUUAUCAUUAUCAUUUUUAUGUUUGAUUAUUUCCACCUGUUUGGGCCAAGAACAAACAACAAUAACAAAUGAACCAUCAAAUGUAACUGAAUCAUCAUCAUUACCAAGUGAAGCAACUACACCAAUAUCGAUUCAGGAUGAUGUUUCGACUGUUGGUACCGAUAAUACAUCAGAACAAUCAGUUAAUGCUGAUAGUAAUGAUGGUACUGAUAGAGCAAAUAAUCAAAGUGAUGAUGAGAGUUCCGAUAAUCAACAACAGCCUAAAGUAUUCAUAAUUCAUCAUCAUUAUAAUGGUCCACCACCGUAUUCAGAUUUUAUGAAUCGAUUACAACCGGUUCCAUCACCAUCUGAUCAACAAUCAUCAUCACCAUCAAUACCAAAUCAAAAUAAUUUCAAUAAUUUACCACCAGAAUUUCAAGAUCCAAAUUAUCCAUUCGGUUCACAAAUACAAAGUCGAUCACAGAAUUUUCCACAACAACCACAAUCAGAAGAAUCACAACCAAAUGCAAAUGAUGAAGAUCUUGGCCGUUUUGAUCCACUCGGUCAAUUUAGUGAUCAGCAGAAAAAACGACAAUUUUUUCAAGAUUUACUUCAUAAUCAAUUGAGUAAAUUUGAAUCAGAAAUUGAACCAAUGAUUGAAAAAGAAGAUAAUAUGACCGAAAAGAAUGAUAUGGAAGAUUUAUUAGCCAGUGUUCGUGAUCUAAAACGUUCCGUUGAAAAUCAUCAAAUAUUCAAUAUUACAGAAUUGAUGGAUGAUUGGAAAGAGGGUCGAAUACAACCACCAUCGAUGCAAUCAUCAAACCAAAAGCCGAAAAAUCAACAACAACAACAACAAUCAUCAUCACCGAUGCCACAUUUUAUGCAUAAUUAUCAUCCAAAACAAUUUCGACAACAAUGGCCAUCAUCAUCGUCAUCAUAUUCAUCGGCUAUUGAUAUACCACAGAUACCUGCAAGUCAUUCAGAAAUGACAUUGAAUAUACGACCACCAAAAACACGAACAUUAUUACUGGUACCACAAUCUCGUCUUAUUCAGCCAGAAUUUGCACCACAAUUUCACCCAGGUGGUAAUGGCUUUCAAUCGGGUUUUUAUCCACCGCAUUUGCAAGCUCCACGUGGUUUUUAUUCAGUACAGCAACAGCAACAUCCACAAUCAACAGAUAUGCAACCAAUGAUGUUUCAAAGACGAUCGUCAAUGAUACCACAAUUCAAUAGAUAUCCAAUGAAAUCCGGUGUUCAAUAUACUUUGGGACGUUCAGCCGAUAGUGAUGCUGAAAAUGCUCAUCCCAUUAAUGUAUCACCAACAACGGAUAAAGCCAAUGACAAUGAUUCGAAUGAUAAUCAACGAUCAUCAUCAUUAGAAAAUGCUUCCGCAUCACCUUCAUCAAAUGCCUAUGGUCCCGAAAUUGAAUAUCAAAAAUGAUAAUUGAAUCAAUAUCUGUCACAAACAAACCAAACAAAUACAAAUGCACACAUUCAAUUUCAAUGACAAUAAUAUUGUCUUCAACCAAUCACUGUCAUUUCCUAUGUCAAUAAUCAAAUUUUUUCUUUUUUGUUGUUGUUAUCUCUUCACAAAUUGUCAUCAACAAAUAACAAUCGAAGAGGAAGAAAACUUUUAAAAUGUCAA